AUGACUUCGACGCUCAACCACCCGACCCUCGGCGAAAUCACAGGCCGCGAUGGCGACGGGGUCACCCAAUUCCUCGGAGUCCAGUAUGCGACUCUCGAGAACCGCUUCGCUGAAGCUCAAGUCAAGUCCAGCUACUCUACCCCCCUAAACGCCACGGCUCACGGCCCGUCGUCCUUUGGGCCCGUGGACGCCUUUGACAAUGAAAUGCUCUUCAUCCAGCAAACGGUGCCGAAGCCGCCGACGAACCACUCGGAUCUGGAGUGUUUGAAUCUGAACAUCACCGUGCCCAAGACGACACAGAAGAAGAUCCCAGUCUUUGUCUGGAUGCACGGCGGUGGGUUCUUGCUGGGCGGCAACUCGUGGCCGCACUACGAUCAUGCGAAGAUCGUCAAACUGGCAAAUGAGAACGGUGUUCCAGUUAUUGGGAUAGGCAUCAACUUCCGCCUUGGAUUCGCUGGGUUUAUGACCUCGGAAGAACUACGAUCCAAAGGGUUCAAAACCAACAAUCAACUCCGUGAUCAGAGAGCAGCGUAUAUAUGGGUCAAGCAGUACAUUGAAGGAUUUGGAGGCGAUCCUGAUAAUAUUACUGUGAUAGGUGAAAGUGCUGGGGCAGCGGCUACAACAUUACAACUUUACUCGAAGGAGAAAAUAUUCAACCGCGUCAUUGCAACAGGAGGAUCGUGUCUUCUUACACCCACCUUUCCUAAGGAAGCUUGCGAGGGCAUGUACACUCAAGCACUGAGUUUCUUGGGUCUAGAAUCUCUCGGUGUAGACGAACGGAUCAACAAACUCCUCACUCUCCCCGCCGACGAAAUCAUCGCGAAACUUCCUCCGUUCGUACAGUUUGUGCCGGUGAUCGAUGAUGAAAUCGUUCCCGUUCGACCUACCUAUGCGUCCAUCGGAGAUCCGUCCGACAAGAGCAUGUCGGGGAAAGAAUGGGCUGACGGCGUCAUGAUUGGAGAUAGCCAGUUUGAUGCCUCCGUCUUUGGGUUUCUGAUGGCCCACCUUAAACCAAACUGCCGCGAGAACUUCUCCAGGUCACUCCGCAAGACGUUCGCCUCGACUCCCAAGGUCGGCGAGACUUUGAUCGAAGCAUACUCCCUCGGAGCCCCUGCGUCCCCGAAUCAAGCCGAAGACGACGAGAUUUCGUUCAAGAAUUUCCUGAAGUUCGCCACCGACAUCGGUUUCUACUCGUCCACGCUGACUUUUGCGCGCGGAUGGUCCGAGGGUGCCGGGAAGGUGUACACGUAUUUCUUGAACGAGCCAAACCCAUGGCCAGGUGCGUACCAGGGCGAGACCACCCACGUGUUUGAUGUGGCGUUAUUGUUCCAGAACUACAACGACAAGUUGCCACCGGAGCAAAAGGCCGCCGCGGAAGGGUUCGGAUUGGACCUGAUGAAGUUCGUCGCGGGCCAGGCACCCUGGCAGAGUUAUACCCCCGCGCACAGGGCGGCAAAGGUGUUUGGACCGUCCCUUGGCAAGGGACAAGCCGCUGCGAAGGUCAUUGAUGAUGCCGAGUCUCCUGAGACGGGGAGACGAAUGACGGUGUUGGAGUUGAGCAAGGAGGUUGGCUUUGACGCUAUUUCUCGGGGCCUGGGGAAUUUUAUUAUGGGGUUGUAA